AUGCCCUCCCUCAACCAGCUCGCGGCGCGCAUCAACCUGAACGGCCCCAGCCCCGCCACGGCGGGGAAUCGCCCGCGGCUCGCGGCGUCGCUCCUCCGCACGUCGUCCGCCGCGAGCUCGGUGACCACCGCGGACUCGACCGCGGUGCAGCCGCCGAGCAGCCGCUCCGAGAGCCCCGCCCCGCAGGCGCAGAGCAACGGGCGGAGCACCCCGGGCCCGGCCCCCGCGGCGGGCGAGGGCGAGCCGCUGACGGAGGAGAAGGUGGAGGAGCUGAACAAGGAGACUGCCGCGGCGGCGACGGCGACAACGACAAAGGCGGACGAGGCGAAGGACGGGGAGAGCGCGCUGGCGGCGACGAAGGAGGAGAAGCCGAGGCAGAAGAUGCCGGUGGGGUACAAGAAUAUCCCGAGCCUGGACGCGAUCACGGCGCGACUGGCGAAGGCGAGGACGCUGUCGGUGGACGGGUCGGCGAAGCCGCCGGAGGCGGAGACGUACGAGGAUCCCAAGACUCCUGGGCUGAUGAUCAAGGCGCCGGAGCACCCCCUCGAGUAUACCUGGACCAUCUUCCAUGACACAAAGAACAAAGUGCCGUUUACUCCGGCUACGGCGGUCUCAGACCCUCCGGGUUCAGCACACUACAUGGCGCCGGAGUCGGAUGAGUACGAGGCCGGUCUGACGGUGAUCGGCGAAUGCGACACGGUGGAGUCGUUCUGCCGGUACUUCAAUUGGCUGAAGCCGCCGUCGAAGCUGGAGCGGAACAGCAACUACCACCUGUUCAAAUCGGGCAUCAAGCCGAUGUGGGAGGACGACGCGAACGCGAACGGUGGCAAGUGGGUGUUGACGAUGAAGAACAACCCAGCGCUGCUCGACCGGUGCUGGUCGUGGCUCGCGAUGGCGCUCGUGGGUGAAGACCUGGACGAGGGCGACGAGAUUUGCGGGGCGGUGGUCAGCCUGCGGAGCAAGGUGGACCGGAUACAGCUUUGGACGCGGACGAAGGAGGAUGUGGAGAAGAUCAACGGGAUCGCGCGCAAGAUGGUGAAGCUGCUCGACGUCUCGGAGGCGGACGGGAUUGGACUCGAGUUCCAGUACAACAACGACGACCGGCCGGUAGCAAACAAGUUUUUGACGAUACAGGCGGUCCCUCAGACCUCAUAUCGGACGUCGUUCCACGGCAAGCCGCCAGGGUUCAGCCCCGUCACAAGCCCUGGCGAAGGCCCGCAAAUUGGUGGCCCGGGCCCAGGCGGCGCCUUCGCGGGCUUUGGCGUCGGCGGUGGAGGGGUCCUGGGCUCCGGCUGGAGGGGCAAGCGGUAA